AUGGCGUCUAACAAAGUAGUAGCAGGCAUCGACAUUGAUACAAAUGAGAGUAGAAUCGGAAUUUGGACCGGGAAAUCAGUAAAAACGACGACGAUUCCAACUUUUCGCAUCGGUGUAAAAGCAAAAGCUCAACCAAGACAGUUGUUGAUGUUAUAUUCCACUAAAGAGAUUGUGUGUCUAGUUUUAAUGGAGUUGAGAGAAAUUGUUGAAAAACAAUUAGGUCUUAGAGGAGUAUUGAUUGAAGCUGUCAUUAGUGUUCCUUGUUUAUUUGAUGAUUCCCAGAGAAUAGCUGUUAUUGAAGCAGCAAAAAUGGCUGGUAUCAAUGUCUUGAAGGAACAACAUUCUUCUUCUGAAUCAACAAAAGAUAAUCAGAUGAAAGCAGAAAAUGUCUUGGUUUUUGACAUGGGUGCAGGAACAUUGAGUGUGGCCGUGGUGACGAUUAAACAAGGAAUAGAAUUUGAAGUGAAAGCUAUGAAAGGUAAUACUAAUCUUGGUGGAAAUAAUAUGGAUAUAGCCUUACUUGAUUACUGUAUGGAAACAUUCAUGGACUUACUUCCAGAUGAUCCUGAUGAGAUUCCUAUAGAUGAGAGUAAAAUGAGCGCAUUGAAAUUUGAAUGUGAAUUUGCCAGAAGGGUAUUGGAUAGAUGUGACCAGCAUGGAAUUACAGAAACAACCAUUGACAUCAAAUCUUUCUAUGGAUCUCUUCCUAUGAGUGUUUCGAUAACACCAUAUAUUAUUGAAAAGUUUUACGCGUAG